CACCCAACUUGUCCAACAAGAAUUCCUUAUUUCAGUCAAAGUCAUCUCUCCUAGGGUUUCAGUUCCGAUAUCAAAACCCCUUUACAAAACUGAUAUUAAAUCUGUAAAUAUAAACAUCUCAUCGAUCCUUUAACUAUGGUGAAGAAAUCAUCGGAGACUGGUGGUUUAACGAUUGCGCCAUUUCUGUCUAAAUGUUAUGAGAUGGUUGAUGAUCCUUCGACGGACGCUUUAAUUUCAUGGAGUCCGACUAGUGACAGUUUCAUUGUUUGGAAUGAAUCCGAGUUUACUUCCGAAUUGCUUCCCAAAUAUUUCAAGCACAGUAACUACGCCAGCUUUCAACGCCAACUCAAUAUCUAUGGGUUUAGGAAAAUUGAUACAGAUAGAUGGGAAUUCGCAAACGAAGGAUUCAUCAAAGGCCAAAAGCAUUUAUUGAAGUCAAUAAACAGAAAAAAAGUGACACAUGUCACAACUCAUCAAAAAGUUACACAAGAAAAAGCUCCAGAGUCCAAACUCAUACAUCUCACCACACAUGAUGAAAACCGAUAUGCAAACUUAAGAAAAGAAGUAGAGAAUCUCAAGACAGAUAAAAAUGCCUUAAUGCAAGAGCUUGUGAAACAAAGACAACACCAAGAUAAUUCACAAACAAAAAUGUUAGUUCUUCGUGAACAGCUAAAAGUUCAAACUACAUGGCUCAAGAGUGAAAGUAAUAGCAAAACCAUAUUAAAACCUGUUGUUGAAGAUACUGAAGACACUGAAGAUACUGAAGAAACUGUGAUUCUUCCUCAUGAAGGUGCAAUUGUGAAAUAUCAACCACCAGUUGAAUUCCCACAAGAUGGAUUUGAAUUUGAGCUUAGUUCUGAAGAAGUGAAGGAUUUGUUGAAGGAUUUUGAUCCUGAGGUGACAUUUGAUGAGAGGAUUGAAAGUUAUGAUCCGUUUGUGAUCCAUGAUAAUGGUGAUGAUAUGUUGGAUCAGCUUCUUUCAAGUCCUUUUUCAGAGAAAAGUAAAAGUGUGAAAGAUUUUAUUGAUGAAGAACAUGGAUUUGAGGAAAUUGGAUUGGAAUCGAUGGAUAGGUUUAGAGUUUUGACAGAAGAGUUUGAGAAAUCUUUGAGUGUGUCAACUAUGGAAUCUUGA